AUGUCUCUACAAACCGGCGAACCUGAAAGUCCAGUUACUGGAGGGACUACAGUAAAGACUAUCCACGUAUCUUCGAAUCACAAGCUGUCGUCCUCCCAUCAGCAGCAACAUCUAACAUCUAGGACAAGGACAAUACAAGAUAACCAGAGUAAAAGAGUUCUUAGAAAGCCGCCUGGUAGACUCAGCGAGCUUGUUUCACCACAGAAUUCUUUUACAAGAGUUCGUGACUAUGUAGAUCCCUCAGGUAAACUGAGCUUCAGCGGGAAGGCUGUUCUCCACGCACAAGGAGUAGACUUUAGCAACGGUGUUAGUUACAAGAUAAAUAUGGAAGAAUUAAAGUACAUCGAAGAAUUAGGUAAAGGCCAGUAUGGUACUGUGCAGAAAGUGCUACACAUGCCUACAGGUGCGAUCAUGGCAAUGAAGGAAAUACGUUUGGAACUGGAUGAGAACAAACUCAAUCAAAUACUUAUGGAAUUAGACAUUCUCCACAAAUCUAACAGUGCCUACAUUAUCGAGUUCUAUGGUGCGUUCUUUGUAGAAUCUUGUGUAUACUAUUGUAUGGAGUAUAUGGAUGCGGGUUCUCUGGAUAAACUAUAUGGCGAUGGGGUUCCUGAAGAUGUGUUAGCGACGAUGACAAUCUCGAUGGUCAAAGGAUUACAAUUUAUGAAGGAUAAAUUGAAUAAGAUACACCGAGACGUGAAGCCGACAAAUGUCCUUGCUAAUAUGAAAGGGGAAAUUAAGCUAUGUGAUUUUGGUGUAUCCGGUCAGUUAAUACACUCUCUUGCUAGAACUUAUACUGGGUGUCAGAGUUAUAUGGCGCCUGAACGUAUAAAACCGCAAGAAAGUAGCACCACUUAUACUGUUCAAUCAGAUGUGUGGUCUCUUGGGCUUUCCAUUAUUGAACUGGGUUCUGGUAAAUACCCGUAUCCCACUCCGGACAAAUAUAGUAGUAUUUUGGGAUACAUAAACGCUAUAAUCUAUGAAGAUCCUCCCUCACUACCAGUAGACAGAUUCUCUGAAGAGUCUCGGGACUUUGUUGCUCAAUGCUUGAAGAAGGAUCCACAAGCGCGUCCUACCUAUGCUCAGCUUCUGGAGCAUUCUUUUCUGAAAACAUACGAGCAUGCUAAUGUUGACAUGAAAGGUUGGGUACAAAAAGCUUACGAGGCUCACUUGGCAUCAGCAAAUAAGCGAUGA